UCACUCCCCUCUCCCUCCAAGGAAAGCCCCAGCGCUCGUCUUGGCGCUAGACACUCGCCGCCGUCGCCGACGGCAACCUCUCCUCCUCCGUUCGGCCGCCUCGCCGUUCCCAUCUUCCCCUUGCGCGCGCCGCUCCCCUCCACCACGACUCCCCUGGGCAUUUACCUCACGCGCGCCGUUACCACCGGCACCCGGCACCCGACUCUGCCGUCGGUGCCCUAGCUAACCGAUCGCCAGCAGCUUCGCCAAAUCAUCCGCUCGGUCUCGCCAAUUUCCGGCCGCCUCCGCCGCUACGCCACUACAGGACUCCAGAACCCGAAUAAGUGACUUUCGUUUCACUAGCAUUCUAAGGAUGCCAGCCUUUGGAAGGCUGUGUGACAGGGUUCCUCUUUUGGAUAUUACUAAGCGAAGUGGCCAGCAUGUGAAUUAUGAGAACUCACUGUGUGGACAAAAGAGCAAUGGUUCAUGUUAUACUGAUGCAGCUAUUGUGACGGGUAACCCGUACAUGCCCCGUGUGAUGAGACUGCAGGAGCAAGGGAGUUCAGAACCAUAUGAAUUGAAUAAUAGAUACAAUGCUCCUACAGCAAAGAACAUAGGAGAUUUGAACGGCAUGCAUUCCUGGGUUCAGGAACAUCCAGAAGAACGCAAAAUGAUUCAGACGUCAUUGGAGCUGCUGAUGUCCCAAAGCAAAAAUGUUCAACCCCCAAUUUUCUCUGGUUCUUUUGGUGGGGAUCUUUCAAAUGCACCAACUUUGCAAGUUCAAGGUACUGCGUAUUCAUCCAAGGGACACAAGAUGAUUCAAACGCCGUUGGUGAUGCUGGUAUCCCAAAGCAGAAAUGUUUGCCCACCAAAUUUGUCUGGUUCCACUUAUUCAUCCAACGGACAUAGGAUGAUUCAAACACCAUCAAAUCUGCUGAUGUCUGAGAGCAGAAAUGUUGGCCUAACAAAUUAUACUGGUUCUGUUGGUGGGGAACCAACAAACAUCCCAAGUUCGCAAGUUCACGGUACUGCAUAUUCAUCCAGAGGACACAAGAUGAUUCAGACACCAUGGCAGAUGCUGAUGUCCGGAAGCAGAAAUGUUUGUCCACCAAAUUUGUCAGGUUCUACUUAUGCAAUGGAGAUGGCAAGUCUUGCGAACCCACAAGUUCAUAGUACUUCAUAUUCAUCCAGGGGAAACAGGAUGGGUCAAACACCAAUUGAUCUGCUGAUGUCUGAGAGCAGAAAUGUUGGCCUACCAAAUUCUACUGGUUUUGCUGCUGGUGGGAAUCCAACAAGUGUUCUAACUUCGCACGUUCAUGGUACUGCGUAUUCAUCCAGUGGAUAUCAGAUGAUUCAGACACCAUUGGAGAUGCCGAUUUCCCAAAGCAGAAAUGUUUGCCCACCAAAUUUAUCUGGUUCCACUUAUGGGGUGGAGUUCGCAAGUGUUGCAAAUCCACAAGUUCAUAGUACUGCAUAUUCAUCCAGGGGACACAGGAUGAUUCAAACACCUACGGAUCAGAUGAUGUCCGAGAGCUUUAAUGCUGCCCUACCAAAUUCUACUGGUUCUGCUGUUGGUGGGGAACCAACGAACAUUCCAAGUUCGCAGGUUCAUGGUACUGUGUAUUCAUCAAAGGGGCACGAGAUGAUUCAGACACCAUUGGAGAUGCUGAUGUCCCAAAGCACAAAACCAAAUUUAUCUGGUUCCACUUUUGGUGUGGAGUUGGCUAGUGUUGCAAAUCCACAAGUUCAUAAUACUGUAUAUUCAUCCAGAGGACACAGGAUGAUUCAAACACCAAUGGAUCUGCUGAUGCUAGAGAGAAGAAAUUUUGGCCCACCAAAUUCUACUGUUUCUGCUGUUAGUGUGCAACCCACUAAUGUUCCAAGUUCACAAGUUAAUGGUUCUGCUUAUUCAUCCAGCGAAACUGACGCUGACAAUGAUCUUCCACCGCCAUCCCUGAAUAGUAGGGACACAAGAGGCAGUGGAUGUGUCAGUGGCGAAGGAAGAGCUACUAUCCCUGCCAGUUCGCAUGCUAGGGUACAAACAGAUAUGGAAGCACAAAUUCAUCAGCUUGAGCAUGGAACUAACAAUGAUGAUGAUCUUCCACCGCCAUCCCCGAAUGGUAGCGAUAUGAGAGUCCAUGGACAUGUCAGUGAUGAUGGAAGAGCUAUUGUCCCUGCCAGUUCAUAUGCUAGGGCACAUAUAGAUAUGGAUGCACAAGUUCAUCACCUUGAGCUUGGAACUGACGGUGACGAUGAUCCUCCACCACCAUACUCGAAUAGUAGGGAUAUGAGAGGCAGUGGACAUGUCUGUGGCGAUGGAAGAGCUAUUGUCACUACUAGCUCACAUGCGAGGGCACCGACAGAUAUGGAGGCACAAAUUCAUCAGCUUGAGCAGCAAGCAUACUAUUUGGUUCUUCGUGCAUUUAAAGCACGAUCUGAUUCCAUUACAUGGGAGAAGGAAGAUCUCAUAACUGAACUUAGGGAGGAGCUAAGGGUAUCUGACGAAGCACAUCAGCAGCUAUUAAACAUGAUCAACAAUGAUGAUCUAACUCACAGCAUAAGGGAACGGAGAACAACAGGAGGGAUUGAGGAAAGAUUGCCCAAUAAUCCUAGUCAUGACUCUGUGUCUAAUCAUACCACCUCUGCUCGCAAGAGGCAAAAGACAUCUAAAUCUAUUACUGCUUCACUUGCUACACCAACACAACCAUCAUCUUCAACAGCUAUAAAAGCAGUUUCUCUUGGGACUAAAGGCAAAAGGACAAAACCAUGCCAGAAGGUAUCUGGGGGCUCUGCAGUGAAGCCCACGUCAUCUUCAGAAGGUCCUAGUGCAAGAGGACCACUUAUGAAUCGAUAUUUUCCUGGUGGUCCUUCUGCUGAAUUUUCUGAAGCACAGAAUGUCAACCCGUUAAUAGGCCGUAAAGUCAUGAAUCGUUGGCCUGAUGAUAAUAGUUUCUAUGAAGUAGUUAUAUCUGAUUAUAAUCCAGAAACGGGACUUUAUGCACUGGUUUAUGAUAUCAAUACAUCAAAUGAGACCUGGGAAUGGGUUGAUCUUGAGAAGAUGGGACCUGAAGAUAUAAGAUGGCUAGAUAAUGACUCUGGGAUAGACCCUGUGAUGUAUCUACAAAGCCAAGGUGCUCCAAGUAGUGGUGCUAGGAAGUCAACUAACUGUGGUGGGUUGAUGCGAGGUCAUGGAAGAGGAAGAAGUUUCCAAAAGAAUGUAUCCAAAAAAGAUUUUUCACCUCCACAAAAAAAUGCUAGAAAGAGAGGUUCCGGAGACAUUGAUAUACUUCACACUGAGAGCCUCAUAGAACGGGUCGAGAAAGUUUUUAACGUUAGCAAUCCUGAUCACCUGGAAGUAGAGAAGGCAAAGAAAGCACUGAAAGAGCAAGAACAUUCUCUAGUUGAUGCGAUAGCAAGGCUUGCUGAGGCAUCUGCUGAUGAAACUGAUGGGCACAAUCGAUGUCAUCGAAAGAAGAAUGUCAGGAGAAGUUGAUGCCAUGUAUAUAUUCCUGGAACAUGCAUAGAUAACUUUGUGGGGAAACUAUCGUCUGUAAUCUUGUUGCUGUUGUUUAUUCCAAAUUUAGGUCUCCGUAGGUUAAAGUAUGUAUGUGCGUAAAUGAAGCAUUCUUAUACAAGGAAUUGCAAUUCAACAUUCUGGCAAUGUAAAGCUUCUAGAACUGGAUGUGUAAAGCUGACAUGCCCUUUUUUUUGAUAAUUAAGCUGGCAUGCCUUUUGUUCUGCUCA